AUUAUCAGAGGAACCAAGUAAAUUUGGGUGUUGGUGAAAGCGAUGAAAGUGAGUGGGGAGAAAGGCGAGAGAGCGACAAGCAGUUUGCCCCAGCAAGAGAAUGGAGUGCAGAGCCAAACUCGAACCCUCCAUGUGUAGAAGAGCAGAAGCACAUUUCUAUCAUUUCAGCGAGUCGUCAACGGCUGCUGUGAGGAAUAAAAAUUUAAUUUACGUCUGAUAAGUACUUACCCUAAGAGGAAGAUAACCUUUGCGAUAGUAAGAAAGGUGUACAGUUUCAUCAUCUUUAUUUGUGAUCGUUGAUUCAGCAUUUGCAAAACAUGAAGAAACCAGAGGAAGUUGAUUUCUCAGACUCGUCAGAUGAGGAAUUUGAAGUUGACGAGGACGCUGAUUCUGAUGAAGCACUACAAGAAGCAUUUGCGGCUGGAAAAUUAAAGCCAGGGUUGGUUGUUGUGAAUACGACUGGAAGAGAGCUGGAGAAGCAGAAGCCAGCAGCUGCUAUUAAUGAUAUCCCACUAAUACAACAUCAUCUUGAAAAAAUAAAAUUGCCCAAAAAGUUUGGAUGGAUUGAGCGCUUAGAUAUCGUUAAUAACGUGGCCCCCCUCGCACCUGAAAUUGCCCUUCAGCUAGAUGAACAUAAGGGAAAGCGGUCCAGAGAAAUCAAGUCAAUCAAUAGCCAACGGAGGUCGAAAGGAACGGCGAGCCCUUCAGUAAAGUCUGUAGAUGAUGAUCCAGUUCAUAAUGAUUUUGCUCGGGAAAUGGGAUUCUAUCGCCAAGCACAAGAAGCUGUUUUAAAGUGCCUUCCGCGACUACGAGAGAUGGGAGUUCCUACGAGAAGACCAGAAGACUAUUUUGCAGAAAUGGCUAAAUCGGAUACUCAUAUGCAGAAAGUGGCUCAAGUUCUACUCAAGAAGCAGACUUCUACUGAGAAAGCGGAGAAAGUGCGGAAAUUGAGGGAACAAAAGAAAUUCGCUAAACAGACUCAAGUUCAGGUUAUUCAGGAAAGACAAAAGGCUAAAAAAGAUAUGAUUGAGAGUGUGAAAAAGUAUAGGAAAGGACAACAAGGAGGAAAUUUAGAUUUUUUGGAAGAAAAAAAGAAGGGAACUCGAGAUUUGGGUAAAAAUAGGGGAGGUGGGAGAGGGGAUGACAAGAAGAGGGUGAACUAUAGGAGACAAAAUAAGAAUGAGAAAUACGGCAAUGGUGGGAAGAAGAAAGGCCAGAAAUGGAACACGAGGGAUAGUUUAGACAAUUUUGAGAGUGGGAGUGGUGGGAAAGGAAAGGGGUCAGCGAAAGGGUUUGGGCGUGGAAAACAACCUGGGGGCAACAGGGGCGGAAGGGGCAACCCAGGGGGUGGUGCUGGUGGUGGUACAAAACGGCCUGGGAAAAAUAAUCGGCAAAAAAUGAAAGCUAGGAAAAAUUAAGGACGAUAUUGUUAGUUAAAACGGAUACUUAUGCUUUAUGAAUAUGUUUUUUUUGUGUGCGUAUCGACUGUCACAUUAUACCCUUUGAAAAUGUAUGAUGAUUUUUUAUUCUAAACAUCAUUAUAUCCUUUGAUACUUUAAAAUAAUUUUUCUAGCUUUAAUGUUGAUAAUAAAACUUGUAAGUAUAAA